AUGCAGUUCAGCACCAUCACCACUCUCUUCACUCUGGCCGCUGUUGCCAUUGCUGCCCCUGCCGAGGUUGUUGAAGCUCGCACUGGCGGAGGCUCUUGCAGCAACUCGCAGCCGUACGAAUACUGCUGCUCUGGAACCGUCCCAGUUCUCAGCUGCAUCCUCAACAUCCUGGGCAACUCCUGCGGUGGAGAGGCCUACUGCUGUGACUCCCAAGUCUCUGGCACGGUCGCUGUUGGCGCCCUCAACUGUGUCAAGCUAUAA